GUUAUGGUCCCUCAAAAGUGUCUUCUUUUUCUUUUGUAUGCUUUUGCUAUUUUUUUUUGGUAUAAAAAGGAAAAAAAUUACCUAUUUGAGUACGGAAAUGAACUUGUGCACAUAAAGCGACACAUCCAAUUUUAUGAGUACUAAGGUCAACACUGGUAGUAACAUUCAGUGUAAAAUACACAUCAGCUGUUAAUUGGCGACGGUGGACGACAGUCGGUGGGCGUCAUGUCGCUCAGACCUCGUCAGGUGGACUUUGACACCACCUGGGGCGGCAUUCGGGAGACGCUCUCGGGCGUCAUCACUCUCGGCGCCGUACCGCGGGACGUGUGGAACGACCGUUUCGCCGACGUGUACGCCCUGUGCGUGGCUUACCCGGAGCCACAGGCGGCGCGACUCUACACCGAGAUCAAGGCGUUCCUGCGCGACCAUGUGGAGCACCUACAGCGUCAGAUCCGACAGGCGGGCGAGGCCAACCUGCUCACCUGUUACCACAAGGCCUGGUUCGUGUACAACAAGGGCUCCCACUACCUGGACAAGCUGUUCAUCUACCUCAACAUCCAGCACCUGAAGAAGAAGAAGGUGACGCUGUCGGACCUCAUCUACGGCGGAUACGAGGCGGACGGCGACUCGGCCAUCCUGGAGAUCCGCGAGCUCAGUCUGUCGCUUUGGCGACGCCACAUGAUCGAGCCGUUCCAGGACGCCCUGGUGCACCAGCUGUUGGAGCGCAUCAACACGUACCGCAAGGGCGGGCUACCCGACGGCGAGCACGGCGUCAUCCGUGACGUCAUUCAGUCGCUGGUCGACGCCGAGGGCUACAAGAAGGCCAACGAGCUCGAGCUGUACGAGACGGUGUUCGAGAAGGCCUACCUGCGCGCCAGUGGGGAGUACUUUGGCCGCACGGCCAGCCAGCUGCUGCUCGAGUGUGACGUGUACGGCUACAUGGCGCGCGUGCUGCAGGUGAUCGCCGACGAGCAGCUGCGCUGCAUCAGCUACCUCAACUCGAGCUCUCACGGGCGCGCGCUGGCCGAACUACGGGCCCGGCUGGUCGAGGACCACCUGGAGCUGAUCCUGGCAGAGGUGCCCACCAUGGUGCGCGAGGAGCGCCGCGACGACCUGCGCCACCUGUACGAGCUGCUGCGGCCACUGCAGCGACCGGAGCCGCUGCAACAGCUGGUGCGUCAGCUGGAGGAACACGUCAGGACGGUGGGCGUGCAGCGACUGAUGUCUGCGCGCGGCACCGACAGCCCGGCUGCCUUCGUUGACACAGUGCUGCACGUGCACUCCAAGUACUCGGGCCUAGUGAGCGAGGUGUUCCGAGACGACCAGCUGUUUACGGCGGCUCUGUGCCGCGCCUGCUCAGCCGUGGUCAACCACCGCGGCGCCGGCGACCGCCACUGCGCCGCGCCAGAGCUGCUCGUGCGCUACUGCGACUCGCUGCUGAAGAAGUCCACCAAAGGCGUCACAGAGUCGUCUCUGGAGGAGCGACUCGCCACGAUCGUGACCAUAUUUAAGUUUGUCGAAGACAAGGAUGCGUUCCAGAAGCACUACCAGAAGUUCCUCUGCAAGCGACUCAUGUACGACAACACGGUGAGUCUGGACUCUGAGGAGGUGAUGGUGACCAAGUUCAAGCAGACCUGCGGCUACGACUUCACCAACAAGCUGUCGCAGAUGCUGCGCGACGUGAACGUGUCUCAGGAGCACACGCAGCGGUUCUGCGCCUUCCUCACCGAGCGCGGCGUCACGCUCAACCACAACUUGGCCAUCAAGGUGAUCCAGUCGGGCGCUUGGCCCAUCCCCAUCACCAGCAUCGUAGAGUUCCGCGUCCCCCAGCAGCUCGAGCAGAGCAUCACCAACUUUGAGGAGUUCUACAAGGGCAAGUUCAGCGGCCGCAAGCUGUCCUGGUUCCACCACCUUAGUCAUGCCGAGCUGCGGCUCGGCUACCUGCCGCGGAUGUACCUGGUGACGCUGCACACCUUCGCCAUGGCCGUGCUGGUACUGUUCGAGACGGCUGACUCGCUGUCUGUGGAUGAGAUCCAGCUCACCACCGGCCUGCCGGACGACCACCUGGCGCGUAACGUCCAGGCGCUCGUGGACGCCAAGCUGCUGACGUGCGACCGCUCGCCCGCCUCCGAGCCGGGCGCCGUGCUGACGCUGAACACAGAGUUCAGCAGUCGGCGUACUCGGUUCCGUGUCCAGACCGCGCCGGCGCCGCGCGAGGCCCAGACUGAGGUGGAGCAGACACAGCGCGAGGUAGACGAGGGCCGAAAGAUGUGCCUCCAGGCGGCUAUCGUGCGCAUCAUGAAGGCGCGGAAGCGACUCCGACACAACGAGCUGGUGCAGGAGGCGCUCGGCCAGACCCGUUCCCUCUUCACGCCGCAGAUACCCAUGAUCAAAAAGUGUAUCGACGUGCUGAUAGACAAAGAGUACCUGGCGCGCGUUGCCGAUGCGCCGGACGAGUAUAGCUACGUGGCGUGAGUGGUGCCCCUGGCGCGGCGGUGCGUGUGCCUGUGCGUGCGAGCCCGCUGCGGCUCGAACGCUCCUGGUCAGUGCUAUUGGCGGGCUGUUGCGCUAAAUGUGAAGUGCGUUUAUUGUGUCGCGCUGGAUUUGUACGUCGGCGUGCUGUUGUGCUCUUUAAACCUUGCUGAACGAUUGGCGAGAGCGGCCCUGGCUGUGGCGAUGUUGACCUGUGAAACUUGGAGCUCGAUUGCUAGCAGUGUGAUGAAUAGUUUGAGCACGGCGUUCCGUCAGCAGGGAGGGAAGGGGCUGAAGGAGGAUAGAUAAUACGAUCCGUGCAUAACUGCUGUUUGCGGCGAUUGUCAUGGUGUGCCCGUCUCGACUGGCUCGUGAGAAUCUGCCUGCAGCGGCAACACAGUAUACCCAAGAACAACCUAGCCGAUGAAAUCCGAUGAGUAUACCAAACUGGAUUGUCAACAUUUGCCGGUUGACAAUGUCGGGAGCUUCUUGUGGUUGUGGAAUUCGAAACCCAUCUCUUGCCUGACUGCAAAGAACAUUUGUGUGUGUACUUAAGUGUUUCCUUGACGCUCUGGAGUGAACUAUGUAUGUUGCAGACGUAAGCCCUUCCUCUCCUCCCUAGCUGGUGUUGUAGCCGGCCGUUUUACAUGACGCUAUGAUACAAGGUGCAAUGUAGCCACCCAACAGUGUGCUGCCAUGGUCUGAUAACAUUAUCAUGUGGCAAUAUAGCGGAAAGUUUGC